AUGUACAGCUCAGGUGUAUACUCGGAGGAAUUGCCAACCUUUGCUGACAAGUACUUCGAGCUAAGGCGUAAAAAGACGGAGAAGGAAAACAAAUGGAAGAAAAGGGAGCACAAACUGCAUAAUAGAAUAAAACAACUAAAAACAAAUGCCGCACAACAAGGAGACCAACGCCUUUAUGACGGGAAUACUGUGGUGGUGUCGAAGGCCCUGAGGGAGAAGGAAACCCUAGCAAGGAGGCGAGCUGCCCUGUAUAAAGAGAGGCUGCAAAGUGUUGCCAAAGCAGCAAAGGAAGAAGUAAGCUGCUGGGCUGCCCGUGCUGCUGCAUCGGAGAGACGGGCACAGAGGGACAGGCAGCUGCUGCAGCAGCAGCAGCAGCAACAGCAAGAGAAGCAAAGAGAAACCCUACAUGCAGUUCGCCUCCUCUCUCUCCAGAUAGGCCUGGCCAAUAAAAAAUUAGAGGCUAUGGAGCGGUUUGGCACUUCUCUUGUUAAGCUUUACCUCCAGUUCUUGACAUCCGGCAACACAACCCUAUCUGCAAGCCAGAUGGAAUUAGGGUUUGCAAGAUUUUUUGAGCAUUUGUGGGGUUUACGUCGCUCCUACUUUGCUGCAGCAGAGCAGCUUGCUGCUUAUAGACCAGCAGCAGCAGCAGCAGCAACAGCAACAGCAGCAGCAGCAGCAAAGGGCCCCCAGGGGCCCCUUAAAGGCUAUGCGCAGGUACCGUCACAGGCUAGCAGCUUUUCCUCAACUGCUGCAGCAGCAGCAGCAACAACUGCUGCAGCAGCAGCAACAGGAGAUGCAGCAGCAGCAACAGGAGAUGCACCAGCAGCAAGUGUAGGAGGAGAGGUAGCAGCAGCAACAGCAGCAGGAGCAGCAACAGGAACAGAAGAAACAGCAGCAACAGAAAGUAGUGGGUGUGCACUACCUUCAGCAUUUGCUGCUGCUGCUGUUGCUGCUGCUGCUGCUGCACCCUUAGGGCCCCUAGGGGGGGGCCCCCAACAGGCAAAGGGGGCCCUAAUGGAUUAUAAGACCUCUCUCUUAUUAAAUAAAAAACAAGGAGAAGCAGCAGCAAAAAUAAAACCUCCUAUAGUUGGAAGCAGCACAGGAGCAGCAGCAGCAGCAGCAGCAGCAGCAGGUACAGCAGCAGCAGCAGCAGCAGCUGGAACAGCAGCAGCAGCAGGAACAGUAGAGGCGGCAGGAACAGCAGCAGCAGCAGCAGCAGGGAUAGCUGCAAUAGCAGCAGCAGAAGGCACAGCAGCAGGAGCAUCAGCAGCAGCAGCACUAGACGUAACAGCAGCAACAGCAGCACGAACAGCACCAGCAGCAGCAGCAGCAGCACAGGACGGGCAAAUGGUACUAUGGGGGCCCCCUACCCUCUCUGGGGGCCCCCCCUUAUUAGAAAGAGGACAGCAGCAGCAGCAACAGCAGCAGCAGCAGCAAAAGGACAAAGGUGCCUAUACACCCCAAGAGGAGACAAUAAAGGAGAAGAAAAGAGGGGGAGCAGAUAACGACUUGCGCAGCAUCGGUACCUGCAGCAGGGACAUCACCCCUACUAACCAGCAGCACAAGCAGCAGCAACUGCAGCAGCAGCAACAGUUGGUGCAGCAACAGCAGCAGCAGCAACAACAACAACUGCUGCAACAGCAACAGUUGCUGCAGCAGCAGCAGCUCCUACAGUGGCAGCAUCAACAAGAGCUGCAGCAGCAGCAACAUCACCACUUGCUACAGCUGCAGCAGCAACAGCAGCAACAGCAGCGGCAGCAGUACCAGCAGCAGCAGCAGUAUCACCAGCAGCAGCUGUAUCAGCAGCAGCAACAGUACCAGCAGCAGCAGCAGUGCCACCACCACCAGCAAUACCAACAGCAACAGCAGCAGCACCAACAGCAGCAGCAGCAGCAGCAGCAGCAGCCGCUGCUGCUGCAGCUGUGCCCUCCACAAGGUAUUUGUGGCUUCCCCCCUAUCUCUUUUUCUUAG